AUGGCAGUUGUUGCGAUUCCAAUUAUCCGGCAAUUUUGGAUGUACCUUAUAUCGAACGAUGUAUCCAUUCUUUGUUCGAUAUUUGUUCUCUAUCAUUUUCUUUUUGAUCGACAACUUCGUCGAAGUUUACAAAAUCCUGUAAUUGUUACUAUUCUUAUUGUAAAUUUUCUCGCUCUUAUCAUUGAAAUUCCUUGGAUUCUUUAUUAUUAUCUCAAUGGUGUUGUCUGGAUAUUUACCCCGUUCUUUUGUCGAACAUGGGUAUUUAUUGAUGGAUUCACCUAUGUAACAACAGCAAGAUUAGUUGCAUGGGCAUCAAUUGAAAGCAUGAGAUGCCUAGUUCGACUUUGA